AUGCUAAGCCCCAAUGGAACCGAGGGCAGGCCUUUCCUCUUCUUCCUCACGGGGUUCUCUGGACUCGGAGUUGGCCGUCAGCUCUGGCUCUGCAUCCCCAUCUGCUUCAUGUAUCUCGUUGCUCUUUCCGGCAACGGCCUGAUCCUCGUAGUGGUCAAGCUGCACCCCUGCCUCCACGAGCCCAUGUACCUUUUCCUCUCCAUGCUGUCUCUCACCGACCUGGGCUUAUCCGCUUCCACCCUGCCGACGGUCCUGCCGAUCUACACCUUUGGCUCCAGGGAGAUUUCUGCCGACGCCUGCCUGGCCCAGCUCUUCUUCAUCCACACCUUCUCCAUCAUGGAGUCCUCCGUGCUGCUCGCCAUGGCCUUCGACCGCUUUGUGGCCAUACGGCACCCUCUGAGAUACGUCUCGAUGCUGACCCGCGUGAGGAUUGGGGGCAUCGGGCUGGCCGUCAUCCUGAGAGGGGUUGGGCUUCACGUCCCGGCUCCCAUCAUGCUGAAAAGGCUGCCCUACUGCAGGAGCCGCCAGCUGUCCCACUCCUACUGCCUCCACCCAGACGUGAUGAAGCUGGCCUGUGCAGACACAACACCCAACAGCAUGUACGGCCUCUUUGUCCUCCUCUCGACUCUGGGCUUGGACGCCCUGCUCAUCGUCCUCUCUUACAUCCUGAUCCUCCAAACCGUGCUGAGCAUCGCCUCUCGUGAGGAACGCUCCAAAGCCCUGAGCACUUGCGUCUCCCACAUCUGUGCCGUCCUCCUCUUCUACACGCCCCUCAUCAGCUUGUCCAUGAUCCAUCGCUUCUGGAAGAAGAGCCCCCACCACACCCGCCUCCUCUUGUCCUACCUCCACUUCCUGCUCCCGCCAGUGCUGAAUCCCGUCGUCUACAGCAUCAAAACCCAACAGGUCCGAAAGCAGAUCAUCCGGUUGUUCCACCAAAAGAAUCCGACAAGGCGCAGGAUGGAGCCUUUUGGGCUCCCUGCAGAGAAGUAG